AUGGAAACAAAUAUUAAAUUAAAUUCAUUAAUUUUUAAUGAAGUAUUACUAUAUCUAUCAUAUAAUAAUGAUUAUAAAAGAUUAUUAGAAUUAAGUUUAAUUUCAAAACAAUCAUUUCAAAUCAUUCAAAAUUUAUUAACUCAUAAAUAUCUCAUCAAACUUGAACCAAAUAAUCUAAUAAACUUAAUAAAGAAAUCAAAAGAAAAUAAUAACAAAUAUGAACUAUUUUUAAUAAAGUAUAAAGAGGUGGAAAUUAUCCAUUUCGAUCAUUGCAAUGAUUAUUCAAAAAAGUUAUUGAAAAAGAUCAAGAGUAGACUUUUAGAACAAUUCAAAGAAUUAAAAAAAGUUAUUUUCAACAGUGUUAGUAUUCAAGGUGAUACUAUGGAUGAAAAUCCAACAUGUGAUAAUUUUUAUGAAUUUAGAUGUUUAAAUUUAUUAUGGUAUACAGAAGCUCUUCCGUACUCAACCGAAACCGAAUUAAUAGAAGAUCCAUCUAUGUUUUCUUUUGAAUAUAUAUCAAGAUAUCCAAAUGCAAAGAAAAUCUCAAUAUCAACAUGUAAUAGCAAUCAACUAAUACUAUUAGAGUGUAUGGAUGGUAUUUUAAUAAAUUGCUAUAGUACAUUAGAAACUAUUAAAUUUGACUUCCACAAUACACCCCGUGCUUUUGUUGGAAAAGUAAUAAAUUCAAAAUCACCAGCAAUCAAAUCAUUCACUGUUAGAUUGGCCGAUGGAGACACAAGUAAAUCGGUUGCAAAGAUAUUUAGAAAAUCAGAAAUCUCAAAAAAUAAUACAUUAAAGGUGUUAAAAUUAAAAUAUUGUUCGGAACUUUUCAUUCCAUAUCUUAACCAAGAGCCAACCGAAUUUUUAAAAACACUAAUAGGUAAUCAAACUUUAGAAACAUUGGGUUUACAAUUAUUCGAUGUAAAAAACUCGGAAAAACUAUCACCACUCAUCCAAGUACCAAAUAUUACAAAAUUAAUAUGCAGUCCCUACUCUUUCGAUGCCUUUCUUUUACAUUGCAACGAAAAUCAUAAUAUUACCACUUUAAAAGUUGGUUGUGAUACUCAUCAUGACCCUUAUUACAAUAGUUACUUUAAAGAUAAUUGUUUGGCAAAUGCACUUUUAAAUUUCUUUAAAAAUAAUAAAUCAUCAUUGAACUCUAUUAUAUUUUUUAGAGUACCAGAUAGUUUAAAAGAAAUUAUCAACAAAGAAAGAAAUAAUAUUAAUAACAAUAUAAAAAAUAUAACUUUUAAAAUUUUAACUUUUCAUUCUUCCAAAGAAAUUGUAAUAUAA